AUGGAGGAAACGGACGACUACGAGAUGAGCAACGUGGACAACAGAGGCGAGGGCAAGGACACCAUACCCAACAAAAUUUCGGGCCCCAUCGCUUUGAACGAGAACAAGACUUGCAAAGCAACAGAAAAGAAGGAAAAGAAAAUAGAGCGAAAUAGAGCCUUGAUGCCAGCAUCAAUAGCCAAAAUAUUGACGUUCGAUCUCGCGAACUUUCUCACGCCAGUCGGAUCUAGCAUUAGCCUCAAGCUACUCAGCUUCAACGUCUAUUUAAUAGGCAUCCCACAGCUCAUCUGA